GUGAGGUCCCGAAUGUCAAACAUUGUAGAUUGUGUUUAUUCAUUACUACUCAUAAUUGUUUAUUGAUGCUGUGAUCGAUUAUGGGGACUCCAGGGAAAAUCCAGAAGCUCGAUGAGGUCGUGGUGAAUAGGAUUGCUGCUGGAGAAGUCAUUCAGAGACCAGCUAAUGCUCUCAAAGAGUUAAUCGAAAACAGUCUCGAUGCAAAGUCCACGAACAUCCAGAUAACCGUAAAAGACGGUGGUCUAAAGUCUCUCCAGAUCCAGGACAACGGUACAGGAAUCCGCAAGGAAGAUCUCGCUAUAGUCUGCGAGCGUUUCACAACGUCGAAGCUGAAAAAAUUUGACGACCUAAAAUCCAUCUCAACUUUUGGUUUUCGAGGCGAAGCACUGGCGUCGAUGAGCCAUGUGGCCCACCUGACCAUCACCACAAAGACAAUUGAAGACAAAGUGGCUUACAAAGCUUCAUACCUCGAUGGCAAACUCAAAGGCCCUCCGAAGCCCCUCGCUGGUAACCAGGGGACCACAAUUCUCAUUGAAAACCUCUUCUACAAUGUCUCCACGAGAAAGAAAGCCCUGGCAAGUCCCUCGGAGGAGUUCUCCAGGAUCUCAGAAGUCGUAACAAAAUACUCGAUUCACAACCCAAGUGUUGGAUUCACCCUCAAGAAACAGGGUGAGUCACUUCCAGCUGUUCGAACCCUUCACAAUUCCUCAAAAAUCAACAACAUCAAAAUCCUCUAUGGGAGUAAUAUCACAAGAGAUUUGUUGGACAUUGAACUCGAAGACGAAAGCCUGCAAUUCAAAAUGCACUGUCUCCUGACGAACCCGAAUUACUCUAACAAGAGAUUAACAUUCAUUUUAUUCAUAAAUCAUCGACUCGUUGAUUCGUCACCCAUGAGGAAGAUGUUGGAGGACCUGUACUCGAUCUACCUCCCCAAGAAAACCCACCCUUGGUGCUAUUUAUCACUCAACAUACACCCUGGAAAUAUUGAUGUCAAUGUGCAUCCCACGAAGUACGAAGUUCGCUUCCUCCAUGAGGACACGAUCAUCGAGAGGGUGAAGGCUGCCCUGGACGCACAACUGUCAAAAAGCAACUCCUCCAGGACAUUUUAUGUUCAGGCGAGACUGCCCCAGGUAGACAUCACUAAGGAUGUCCUGGAGAAGGUUCUACCGGAGUUCGAUAACGAUAAGAAAAAAGUUUAUGCUAAGGAGAUGAUCAGGACUGAUGCUACUGAUCAGAAACUGGAUAAAUUCAAUUUUACUGUUACAAAAAGCGGUGAAGGUAAUGAUUCUAGGGAAAGGGAUAUUAAAUUUGAAGGGAAAAAUUCAGGAGAAACUCGUGAAAUUAAGGCUGAAAUUUUGGAGAGUUGCCAGAAGACGGGAAAUGAAGAUAGCAAGGUAAUCAGAGAGAAAAAGGUGUCUUCCUGCAUGGUUAUGACUCCAAAAAAGGAGUUCAUUGUAGACUUCGAAGCAGCAGGACAUGCAGAGACCUCAGACUGUGGAGAGGCUUCUGUUGAGGGUCAGAACACUCCAGUAAAUCCCAACAGACUGGUGAAUCCACACUGGAGUUCUCUGGUGGAUGAAGCCACCAGUGGAUCCUCUCAGGAAGGUCCAAGAGUGACGGACGCUACUGCCCCUCUUGAAAACAACUACGAUGGAGGUGACGUUAUGCCUAAAGAAGUUCUCGAGUUGCUCAGUUCGGAUGCGGAGAGCUCCAACGACACACCAGCUCCACCGGACCCCAACUCCAGUGUUGCUGAUAGAGCAUUGAAAGCUGUCCUCAUGUGCUUCGGGUCUCAAAAAUCUUCAGAUGAGGAUAAACUAUCUCAGAGCGAGGAACCUGACCGAAAUAAAGAGCUGGAAAAUCUGAAUGACUCGAAAAAUGCAGAGGCUGAGGGAGAUAAGACUCUGAUAUCCGACAAAAGCGAGAUAGAGGUGCCUGGUGGAAAUGCCCCUGGUGAUAGCAGUGUACAGACACCCUCGAAAACACCACCAGAAUUUAAGUCCUAUUCUGUAAACAAUACUAGAAGGGAAGUUCGAUUGACGAGUAUUCUAAAACUUCGAAAGGCUGUGGAGGAUAAUUAUCACGAGGGACUCAGGAACAUCAUCUCGGGGAUGACAUUCGUUGGAUGCAUCGAUGAGACACUAGCUUUGAUUCAAAGCGAUGUGAAUUUAUAUAUCUGCAAUACAGCCAAACUUGCGGAGGAACUGUUUUAUGAGAUCAUGCUGUACGAUUUUGCUAAUUAUGGAGUUAUAAAGUUCUCGGAGCCCCUCCCGAUCUACGACUUGGCAAUGCUAGGCCUCGAGACCGAGGAAGCUGGAUGGGACGAGGGAGAUGGCCCAAAGGAGGGAAUCGCCUCUAACGUGCAAGCACUUCUGAUGGAAAAAGCAGAGAUGCUCAAAGAAUAUUUUGCAAUGGUAAUAGACAAGAGGGGAAACCUACGUUCCCUCCCAGUACUCCUCCAGGACUAUUUUCCUAGUCAAGCUGAGAUCCCCUUGUUCAUCCUUCGAUUGUCAACAGAGGUCGAAUGGUCUGUCGAGCAGACGUGCUUCGACAACAUCUGUCGGGAAAUCGCUAAAUUCUACAGCAAAGUGGCCACGGAUAAUCUUGGACAGGAUUGGAAACACUUGACUGAACAUGUAAUCUAUGAUGCUGUUAAAGAAAGUCUGUUACCACCUAAACAUUUCUCGCACGACUCGACUAUUCUCCAAAUUGCUAGUUUACCUAAUUUAUAUAAAGUGUUUGAGAGGUGUUAAUCGUUAUUAUUUGAUAAUUGUUAAUUUUUUAUAUUCUUAUAAUAAAAAUUUUUCUGUAAAAGAAA